AUGGUGCAACCACUGCUUCGGCUCAGCACCUUCUCCUUGACUGCGAUUGUGGGGUUGCUCACUUUUGCAAACACCGCCUGCCAGUCGCUGCCAGAAAACACUGGAUCCAAAGGCACGUCUGAGUACUCGAAUGAUCUUCAGUGCAAGGAGAUGCAGGCUCCACAGGACAUGACUGGUCUGGUGGUGAAGGAGGGCUAUCCACUUGAGGAGCACUUUGUGGCUACCCCUGACGGUUACAUAUUGGGUCUCUACAGGAUACCUCACGGUCGCAUCCCAAGCACUGUUGAAUUGGAAACUAUGGAUGUGGCCUUUGAAGAAAAAGCGAUGGAGACUGGGAAACCAGUAGUUCUGCUCCAGCACGGCCUCUUGGACUGCAGCGCAAGUUGGGUUUGCAAUGGGGCCAAUGAGAGCCUCGGAUUCAUACUUGCCGAUCGUGGCUUUGAUGUCUGGUUGGCCAACUCCCGUGGCAACACCUACAGCUUGCGUCACAGGACUUUGAACCCCUGCGAGGAUGCAUUCUGGCAGUUUACGUUUGAUGAAAUGGCGUAUGUCGACCUUCCAGCAGUGAUGCGACACAUACUGGACGUAACCAAUGUGGAGACGAUUGGGUUUGUCGGGCACAGCCAAGGCACGACAAUUGGGUUUGGUGCUUUCUCCCAAGACGUGGAUAUGGCUCACAGGGUUUCUGUCGCAGCGAUGCUGGCACCUGUGGCGUUUCUGACGCACACGGGCAGCUCUGUGCUGCGCUGGCUCGCCGGUCUCGAUAUUGCCAGCGCCUUGGAAAUACUGGGCAUAAGGGAGUUUUUGCCUUCAUCCAACCCAAAGAUAAUCGAGGAACUCUGCAAGGCGUCCGGCUCGCCGUGCAGGAACAUUGUAACUCUACUGUGCGGCUACAAUGCCGCCAAUAUCAACAACACCAGAUGGCCGACGUACCUUUCAAUCUCGCCCGCAGGGACCAGUGUGGCCAACAUGAUCCACUGGACGCAGUGCAUUCAAAACCACAACGCCAGUGUUCUGCAGGAGUACGAUUUCGGUGGAAAUUGCCACAAGGGGAGGUUGUGCAAUGAGGACGUGUAUGGUAUGGCAACACCCCCGGCUUACAACAUCAGCGAGUUGCGGGUCCCUGUUGCGAUUUUCUCAGGAGGCAAAGACAUACUGGCCGAUCAGUCAGAUGUCCAGCUGUUACUGGAUAUCCUGCCAGACGAUUUAGUCCUUUUGCAUCACGAGGAGCCGUCAUAUGCACACCUUGACUUCACAUGGGGCAUGAAUGCGCACACCCUCGUCUAUCCCAAGGUCGUGCAAGUGCUGGAGCAGCAUGCAAGGAAGAACAGUGGCGUUGUGGGUGCAGAGAUAUGA